GAACAACUUGACAGGCAAGUCUUUUCGCAGCUCGGCGACGCCGACAAGCUGGGACGCGCGGUGGAGGAGGUCGUCACCAAGUACGGAGCCCCACAUUUGCGGCCGACAGACAUUCAAGGGCGCUCUGAAGAAGACACUGCGUGCUAUUCGCUGAUAAGUUUAUUGAAUUAUGCCGCCCCAAGCGUAGCGGGAGGCACUGACGCUAGUGUGGGAUUUGUGCAUAAGGGCACUGUUCUGUCGGGGCAGGUACAGUCGGGCUGGCUUUGCCUUUCCGCAGAUUGCAGCAGACGACUGAAGAUCUACAGUGACAAGAAGGCAUUUGUGGCGAUUGAGGGCCGUUUCGCCAAUCGUCCUGACUUGGGCGCCCUGUUGCAACGCGUCGAUGCAGACACUGCCAACACGGCCAGCCAGAGGCCGGAGGAUUCCGAUGUCGGGAAUGCUCGAAGCAUCGAGUCCUUAAGGCGCAGGGCAGAGCGUGCUUGCCAGGUCCUUAACUCGGAGCCGCUUCACUUUCAGGUGAUUUCGGACAAAGCCUCCGUGCGAGCAACCCCGGAUGCUCAUGCAACAACGACAUCAGCGCUUCACAAGGGCGAUCGCAUAAAGGGCUACCCCUCCGGCAGCUGGCUCAGGCUCGCCCGAAAUGACAGCAAGGGUGAAGGAUGGGUUCAAAUCGAGUCGUCGGGAGCUGAUUCCACGUUGUAUCUGGAGGCAGAGUGGUCAAAAGUGGAGGUUAAGCGGGCCUUUGUCGAGGCCAUAACUUUGGAGUGGUCUGGCCUUAUCAUUGAGCAGAAGGUCACAUACGCUGUCGAGUGGCGUCCUAGUGGAGGCGGUGCAGGUGGUCACGCAGUCAGCAAGUCAAGCCAACUUCAUCUGACGGGGCUGCCGGCGGACGGAAAGUUUUCAAUGCGAGUUUUGGCUUGCGUGGCGAGCGACGAGCCGAAGGUGACGCCCUUGAGGCUCAAUGGGCCUUGGCUCGAGGCUUCAAGCCUGCCUGCUUCAAGGAGGAAACCGAAACAGGCGCCAGAGGCGCCAGAGCACUCAAGCAGCGAGCAAAGAUGUAAGCGAACAGCUGUCCUGGUCGCACUGUACACCCUGGGAUCUGUCGGCCUAACCUACUUGAUGAAGUUCCUUUUCAGUUACAUGUGGGUAUCUGUGGGCCAACUUCAAGUGCAUGGUCUCCCGGCACCGCUCUUCUGGACGACCACGCAACUUGCAAUCAGCUUCGGCUGCUUUGCAGCCUCUUCUCAGGUGCAUUGGUGCUCGAAUGGGAGAUGGGGUUAUCGGCCUCCUUCGUUGAAUCCUAGAAUCGCGAAGCAGGUGGCCUUGCUGGCGUUGUCGUUUGCCACCAGCAUUGGGCUGAACAAUUUGUCUUUGUCCAUGGUCAGCCUGUCCGUCAACAACAUGAUCCGCUCCACCAGCCCCUUGACAACAGCUGUCGCAGCUACAAUUUGGACACGCGGUGCACCAUCUUCGGAACAGUGGAUCUUCGUAGUCUUGGGGACGCUUUUCGUGCUGAUAAAUGUGCUGGCUUCGCAGCCAGCAGCACCUUCUACGCAGAGCACCUUCACUCUAGGAGUAGCAGCUGGUUUUCUCAGUACUGUCGGUGGGGCCUUCAUGUUCAUCAUCGUCGAGCUGUUCAAGGGAUCCUCGAUUCCUCUCAAUGCUAUCGACUCUACGGGAUACAUGUCUCUGCCGGCAGCUGCCUUGCUUACUCCUUGGAUCUUCCUUUUCCCACAUGCAGCUGGGAACUGGCCCGAGAGGCUGGGGACCAGUCGAACCGACUCUGAGUUGCUUGGAAUGGUGUCCGACCAUGCAAGGCUCGCAGCUGCAGUUGCUCUAAGCGGUUUCGCUGCUUACGGAUACAACAUGCUCCAGUUUUAUACGGUGCAGGAGUUGUCGUCUACGCAGACCGCCUUUGCGUCCAAUGUCUCCAAAGCGGUUCUCUGCUUGCUAUCAUGGAUAUUACUGGAGCCGGCAACAUCCAGCAAGCUGCGGUCGUGGCUUGUGGUGCUCUCUGCAGCUGGUGGCCUCACUUGCUUCUUUCUCUAUGCGCUUUCCAAAGCUAGAAAGCCUGCGCCAGAAGAGCCGUGGCAUCAUGAUCGCUGCCAGGUUGGUCUAGCCGCACAUCCGAGAGCAACUUGGACCCUUUGGGACAAGUCCGUGCCGGCUGUCUCGCCAGCAAGUGCUCUGGAUACCUGGCCCCAGAGGAUUCUGCAAGCUACGUCAACGACCCCAAGGCCACGCUGUGCAGGCGCUGUGGAUAUGCCUUCCUCGAUCACCGAAGAGGAUUCCCGGAAGUCUUUCUCAACUAUGCAUGGCAUGCAGCUGUUAUUUUUCAAGCAUCGCGCCGACCCAAAUAUGGCCCAGAGGAAAGUGCUUUUUCCUCUGCUGCUCCUACUUGCCUUCGCAUGGACGCAGAGGCAUGCCUUCCUGAAUGUGACAGCGGCACGUGGCCUAUCGCGACAUGCAGCUGUAGGCGCUUCGGCUGAGCGAGCCAGGAGCGCUGUGGCUCUCGCUGCCCGUGGAGGUGAGAGUGAAGCGGACGAGGAGACAAUCGAUGUUGGUGGAUUCUCCGCACUGGUAGUUGGGCUUGCUCUACUGCCUUUUGCAGGCUAUGCCCUUUCCGCGGCAGUCUCUGUCAUCUCUGGAGCAAGCUUCGAACUUGGACCUUUCGGUCUGCAGCUGACCUCGAUCUUUGUCACUGUUGGGUCCGUCCUCUGGUCGUUGAGUAGCGUCUUCUCCCACGGGAAGGGGCUCCCGGCGGGCUGGCUCGGCCUUCUCGGACUUGCAGAGGGCCUCUCCUACGUGGCCACCUUGGCGUUGGUGCUCGCGGCCUUGGUCUCCAGCUUCCGAAGCCCAUCCGUGACGCAGCCGGGUCAGAAAAGCCAGGCACCGGCCUUCCGAUCUUCGAGCGGCUACUCGGCACCUUCGGGUCGUAACGAUCUCUUCUCCUUCGACUCGGGCGCCAACCUGAAAGUACCAGAGUUCAAAGCGCCGGAAGUUAAGAUGCCGUCCGUGCCGGCGUUCAAGUCUCCGGAGCUUCCGUCUUUCAAGGUGCCUGACAUCAAAGCACCACAGGUUCCAUCGUUCAAAGCCCCCGACAUCAAGGUUCCUGACAUCAAAAUUCCAGAUGUCAAGCCGCCGCAGAUGCCAGCUUUCAAGGCACCCGAGGCGAAGGAAUCUGCAAAGCCCGCAAGAACUCCUGCAAAGGCUCAGCCCAGCGGUGGAGACUUCGACGAUCUAUUUGGUUCCGAUGUUGUAGCACCGCCUGAUGAUGCGGCGGCAAAGAAGGCUCGUGCAGCAGAGGCAAAACAAGCAGAGGAGCGCCAACGUGAAGAAGCGAAGAAGGCAGCAGAGAAGGAACGCAAGGCCGCGGAAGCGAGAAAACGUGAGGAGGCCAACAAGGCCGAAGAGGAGCGAAAGGCCGCGGAGGCGCGCAAGCGCGAGGAGGGCAAGAAGGCCGAAGAGGAGC